AUGACACAUGGAAACGCCCUUCAUGGUCUUUUCACUUCACUCUGGAAGUUACUGAUAUUACAAUCAUGGUCCAUUACUAGUCUUAGGAAUACAUGUGCUCACUAUUACAAUUUUCUUUUCUUUUUUUUGAAAUUUCUUUCUCAUCCUUCCUUUUUUUUCUUCUAUUUUCUUAUUCUUUCUUCUCUUCUCUCUUUCUUAUUCUUUCUUCUUUUUUCUUUUUUUUCCUUUCUUUCUUUUCUUCUUCUUCCCAUUCUUUUUUCAUAUUUCCCAUUCUUUCUUCUUUUUUCUUUCCAUUCUUUUUUCUUUUUUUUUUUUUCUUUCUUCCCAUUCUUUUCUUUCCUCUUAAAUUUUCUUUCUUUCUUUUUCUUUUCUUUUUCUUUUUUUCUCUUUUCUUCUUUUCUUUUUUUUUUUUUCCACUUUUUUUUUUUUUUUCUUCUUUUUUUUUUUCUUUCUUCUUUAUUAUUUUUUCUUUCUUUCUUCUCCUUUAUUCUUUUUCUUUUUUCCUUUUUUUUUUUUUUCUUUUUUAUUCUUUUUUUUUUUUUAUUCUUUUCUUUUUUUUUCUUUUCCUCUUAUUCUUUUUUUUUUUUCUUUUUCUUCUUUUUUUUUUUCUUUUUUUUUCUUUUUUUUUAUUCUUUUUUUUUUUUUCUCUUAUUCUUUUUUUUUUCUUCUCCUCUUAUUCUUUUUUUUUCUUUUUUCUUUUCUUUUUUUCUUUUUAAAAUCUUAUUCUUUUUUUUUCUUCUCUCUUUUUUUUUUUUUUUUUUUUUUUUUUUCUUUUUUUCUUUUUUCUCUUUAUUCUUUUUUUUCUUUCCUCUUUUUCUUUUUUUCUUCUCCUCUUUUUCUUUUUUUUCUUUCUUUUUUUUUCUUUUCUUUUUUUUCUUUUUUUUUUCUUCUUUUUUCUUUUUUUUUUUUUUUUCCUUUUUUUCUUUUUUUUUCUUUUCCUUUAUUCUUUUUUUUCUUUUCCCUCUUAUUUUUUUUUCUUUUCUUUUUCUUUAUUCUUUCUUUUCUUUUAUUCUUUUUUCUUUUUUCUUUCUUUUUAUUCUUUUUUCUUUUUCUUCUUUUUUUCUUUUCUUUCUUCUCCUUUAUUCUUUCUUUCUUUUUUUUUUUUUUUUUUUUCUUCUUUUCUUUUUUCUUUUCCCUUAUUCUUUUUUUUUUUUUUCUUUUUUUUUUUUCUCUUUUUCUUUUCUUUUCUUUUCUUUUUUCUCCUCUUUUUCUUUUUUUUCUUUCUUUUUUCUUUUUCUUUUUCUUUCUCCUCUUUUUUUUUUCUUUUUUAUUUUUUUUUUCUUUUUUUUUUUUUUUCUUCCUUUAUUCUUUUUUCUUCUUCUUCUUUUUUUUCUUUCUUUUCCUCUUAUUCUUUUUCUUUCUUCUUUUCUUAUUCUUUUUUUUCUUCUUUUUUAUUCUUUUUUUUCUUCUUCUUAUUUUUUUUUUUUUCUUCUCCUUUUAUUCUUUUUUUCUUUUUUUCUUUUCUUUUUUUUUCUUUUUUCUUUUUUUUUCUUUUUCUCCUUUUUUCUUUUUUUCUUUUCUUCGUCUUUCUUCUCCUUUUUUUCUUUUUUUUUUCUUUUUUCUUUUUUUUUCUUUUCUUUUUUCUUUUUCUUUCUUCUUUUUCUUUUUUUUUUCUUCUUUCUUUUAUUCUUUUUUUCUUUCUUCUCUUUUUUCUUUUUUUUUUUCUUUUUUUCUUUUUUUUCUUUUUUUUUUUCUUUUUUUUUCUUUUCUCCUCUUUUUUCUUUUUUUCUUUUCUUUCCUUCUUAUUUUUUUUUCUUUUCCUUUUAUUCUUUUUUUCUUUCUUUUUCUUUUUCUUUUUUUUCUUUUUUUUUUUCUUCUUUCUUAUUUUUUUCUUUCUUCUCCUUUAUUCUUUUUUUUUUUUUUCUCCUCUUAUUCUUUUUUUUUUUUUUUCUUUUCUUUUUCUUUUUUUCUUUCCUUUCUUCUUUUUUUUCUUUCCUUUUUCUUUUUUUCUUUCUUCUUAUUCUUUUUUUUCUUUUUUCUCCUUUAUUCUUUUUCUUUUUUCUUUUUCUUUUUUUUUUUUUCUUCUUCUCUUUUUCCUUUUUCUUUUUUUUUUUCUUUUUCUUUUUUCUUCUUUUUUUAUUCUUUUUUUUCUUCUUUUUAUUCUUUUUUUAUUUCUUUCUUAUUCUUUUUUUUUCUUUUUUCUUAUUCUUUUUUUUUCUUUUUCUUCUCCUUUCUUUUUUUUCUUUUUUUUCUUUCUUUCUUCUCUUUUUCCUUUUUUUUCUUUUUUUCUUUUCUUUCUUUUUCUUCUUCUCUUUUCUUUUUUUCUUCUUCUCUUCUCUUUUUUUUUUCUUCUCUUUCUUUUCUUUUUUUCUUUCCUCUUUUUUUUUUUUUUUUCUUCUUUUUUUUUUUUUUUCUCCUUUCUUUUUUUUUUUCUUUUUUUUCUCUUAUUCUUUUUCUUUCUUUUCUCUUAUUCUUUUUUUUUUCUUCUCCUUUAUUCUUUUUUCUUUUCUUCCUCUUUCUUUUUUUCUUCUUCUCUUUUUCUUUUUUUUCUUUCUUUUUUUUAUUCUUUUUUUUUUCUUUUCCUCUUAUUCUUUUUCUUUCUUCUCUUAUUCUUUUUUCUUUUCCUCUUCUCUUUUCUUUCUUUUCUUUUUCUUCUCCUUUUUCUUUCUUUUUUUCUUUUCCUUUAUUCUUUUUCUUUCUUUUUCUUUUCUUAUUCUUUUUUCUUCUUCUUUCUUAUUCUUUUUUUUUUUUUCUCUCUUUCUUUUUUUUCUUUUCCUCUUAUUCUUUUUUUUUUUUUCUUCUCUUCUUCUUUUUUUUUUUCUUUUUCCUUAUUAUUCUUUUUUUUUUUUCUCCUCUUAUUCUUUUUUUCUUUUUCUCCUCUUAUUCUUUUUUUCUUUCUUUUCUUAUUCUUUUUUUUCUUUCUUUCUCCUUUUUCUUUUCUUUCUUUUCUUUCCUCUUUUCUUUUUUUCUUUUUUCUUUCCUUAUUUUUCUUUUUUUUUCUUCUCUUUUUCUUUUUUUUUUUUCUUUUUUUCUUUCUUCUUAUUUAUUCUUUUUUCUUCUUUCUUAUUCUUUUUCUUUCCUUUCCUCUUAUUCUUUUUUUUUUUUCUUCUCUCUUAUUUUUUCUUUUUUUUUUUUUCUCUUUCUUUUUUUUUUUUUUUUUCUUUUUCUUAUUCUUUUUUUUUCUUCUCCUCUUAUUUUUUUUUUCUUUUAUUCUUUCUUUUCUUUCCCUUAUUUAUUUUCUUUUUUUUUCUUAUUCUUUUUUUUUCUUCUCCUCUUAUUUUUUUUUUUUCUUUCUUCUCCUUUAUUCUUUUUCUUUCUUUUUUAUUUCUUUUUUUCUUUUCUUUUCUCUUAUUCUUUUUUUUUUUUCUCCUCUUAUUCUUUUUUCUUUCUUCUCCUCUUAUUCUUUUUUCUUUCUUCUCCUCUUAUUCUUUUUUUCUUUCUUCUCCUCUUAUUCUUUUUUUCUUUCUUCUCCUCUUAUUCUUUUUUCUUUCUUCUCCUCUUAUUCUCUUUUCCCCCUAUUUUCUUUUCCUAAUUCUACAUCUUUUUAAUACUCUCAAUUCCCUCUCUUAUGCUUGUCUAUUGGUUCAUAACUGGCGACAAAAGGGCAGUUUUGAUUGCUACGUUUCUCCUCCUCCAUCUUCUUUCUAUCUAUGUCUCUCUCUAACUUUCCCCCUAAAUGAUCGAUGUCUCCUCUUCCUUCUCAAAACCCUUCUUUCCUUGUACUGUCAGCAUGACUGCUCUUCUGUUCCAAUCACACAAGGCUCAAAUAUGAAGACGAUUGGUCGCUUGCUCAGUCCAGUAGUAUCAAAUAUUACUAAUAUCUUGAUGUCCCCAGCCAUUCCUGUACAUCUGCCUACACAGAUGCAUCCCUCCAACUCUAUAACAUCAGGCCAUCAGAACCAUGGACGUAUACCGUUAACCAAGUCCACAUCUAAAUUACGCCACUCUGCUGAAGAUGUACUGAAAAAUUACAUGACAACUGUAAAUCAGCCACCAACAGAAGAGGAUUGUUGUAUUUGCUGUGAAAAGGUUGACCAACCAUCAGGGUAUGGAGAUGGCAAAGACAAGGUGUGUGUUAAAUUGAAAAGAUGUGGACACCUUUUCCACAGACUGUGCCUUUUCGCCAUGUAUAAUAAUGGACAUAAGGAUGGUAGUAUCCAGUGUCCAACUUGUAAGACUAUCUAUGGCAAAAAGCUGGGAAAUUGUCCAGAUGGAGAGAUGGACUACAUGACCAUAGCUGAAUCACUGCCUGGUCAUACAGACUGUGGUACAAUCAGAAUACUAUCUCUCUCUCUCUCUCUCUGUAUCUGUUAUCUCCAGCUUUCUCUCUCUCCAUCUGUCUCCAUUAUCUCCAGCUUUCUCUCUUUAUCUCUGUCUCCAUUAUCUCCAGAUUUCUCUCUCUCUCUCUGUCUCCAUUAUCUCCAGCUUUCUCUCUUUCUCUCUGUCUCCAUUAUCUCCAGCUUUCUCUCUGUCUCCAUUAUCUCCAGCUUUCUCUCUCUCUCUCUCUCCUCCAGCUUUCUCUCUCUCUCUCCUCCAGCUUUCUCUCUCUCUCUCCUCCAGCUUUCUCUCUCUCUCUCCUCCAUCUUUCUCUCUCUGUCUCUUCCAGCUUUCUCUCUCUCUCCUCUUCAUCUUUCUCUCUCUCUCUCUCUUCCAGCUUUCUCUCUCUCUGUCUCUUCCAGCUUUCUCUCUCUCUCUGUCUCUUCCAGCUUUCUCUCUCUCUCUGUCUCUUCCAGCUUUCUCUCUCUCUCUGUCUCUUCCAGCUUUCUCUCUCUCUCUCUGUCUCUUCCAGCUUUCUCUCUCUCUCGCUCUGUCUCUUCCAGCUUUCUCUCUCUCUCUAUCUUGUAUCUCUCUCCCUCCUCUCUCUCUCUCUCUAUCUUGUCUCUCCAACAUCCACUCUCUCUUUCUCUCAAAUCUAUCUUGUAUCUCCAACAUCCACCUCUCUCUUUCUCUCAAAUCUAUCUUGUAUCUCCAACAUCCACUCCUCUCUUUCUCUCAAAUCUAUCUUGUAUCCCCAACAUCCACUCCUCUCUUUCUCUCAAAUCUAUCUUGUAUCUCCAACAUCCACUCCUCUCUUUCUCUCAAAUCUAUCUUGUAUCUCCAACAUCCACUCCUCUUUUCUCUCAAAUCUAUCUUGUAUCUCCAACAUCCACUCCUCUCUUUCUCUCAAAUCUAUCUUGUAUCUCCAACAUCCACUCCUCUCUUUCUCUCAAAUCUAUCUUGUAUCUCCAACAUCCACUCCUCUCUUUCUCUCAAAUCUAUCUUGUAUCUCCAACAUCCACUCCUCUCUUUCUCUCAAAUCUAUCUUGUAUCUCCAACAUCCACUCCUCUCUUUCUCUCAAAUCUAUCUUGUAUCUCCAACAUCCACUCCUCUUUUCUCUCUCAAAUCUAUCUUGUAUCUCCAACAUCCACUCCUCUCUUUCUCUCAAAUCUAUCUUGUAUCUCCAACAUCCACUCCUCUCUUUCUCUCAAAUCUAUCUUGUAUCUCCAACAUCCACUCCUCUCUUUCUCUCAAAUCUAUCUUGUAUCUCCAACAUCCACUCCUCUCUUUCUCUCAAAUCUAUCUUGUAUCUCCAACAUCCACUCCUCUCUUUCUCUCAAAUCUAUCUUGGCCCAGAACAUCCCAAUCCAGGCAAGAGAUUUACCACCAAGGGAUUUCCACGAUGCUGUUAUUUACCUGAUAAUGAAAAGGGAAGAAAGGUUCUUCGCUUGUUAAUUAAAGCUUGGAAGAGACGCCUCAUCUUCACCAUUGGCACCUCGACGACCACGGGUGAGCCAAACACGGUGACUUGGAAUGAAAUUCACCACAAAACUGAGCUGUAUACCAAUUACACCGGUCAUGGCUACCCUGACCCUAACUAUCUGGACAAUGUACUUCUUGAAUUAGCUGCCCAGGGGGUCACGGACGACGGUGACGACGAUGAUGAUGAUGAUGAUGAUAACAAUGUGAAGUCUGGCAAUGUUGCCUGUAGCACUGAAGCAGGUGGUGGAGUUGAGCUCACUACUAGCAAAUGA